GCGCGCUUGCAUUUCCGGUCCGGCUCCUCCGCCAUCUUAUGUCGCCUUUCCAUUGUUCAUAACUGGAGUCAGCCGAGGCGGCAUUUCACAUUUACUCUCAUUAUAACAGGUUUGACGGAGAUCAACGAGGGUAACAACACUGGAAAAAGCGAGACACGGGUGGAACGCGAGAUCAUCUCACAAUCGACACAAGAGGAGUUUCUCUCAGGGUUCGGUGUCUUAAUUCUAUCAGGAAAAUAUGAUGGACGACGAGCAGCCCAAGACCCUGUAUGUCGGAAACCUGUCUCGAGAUGUGACCGAGGCCCUUAUUAUGCAGCUCUUUGGUCAGAUUGGCCCCUGCAAGAGCUGUAAAAUGAUUGUCGAUACGGCAGGUAACGAUCCAUACUGCUUUGUGGAGUUCUUCGAACAUAGGCACGCAGCGGCCUCACUCGCAGCCAUGAAUGGGCGUAAAAUAAUGGGUAAGGAGGUAAAGGUCAAUUGGGCAACAUCACCAAGCAGCCAGAAAAAAGACACAAGCAAUCAUUUCCACGUCUUUGUUGGAGACCUCAGUCCAGAAAUCACCACUGAUGACAUCAGAGCUGCCUUUGCACCUUUUGGCAGGAUAUCAGAUGCACGUGUAGUGAAAGACAUGGCGACGGGGAAGUCAAAAGGCUAUGGUUUUGUUUCAUUCUUCAACAAAUGGGAUGCGGAGAAUGCCAUUCAGCAGAUGGGAGGUCAGUGGUUGGGUGGCCGGCAAAUCAGGACCAACUGGGCUACAAGAAAACCGCCAGCACCUAAAGCCACUUAUGAAACGAACACCAAGCACUUGUCGUUUGAUGAAGUAGUGAAUCAGUCCAGUCCCAGCAACUGCACUGUCUAUUGUGGUGGAGUCACUACAGGCCUUACAGAACAACUCAUGAGACAAACAUUUUCCCCUUUUGGCCAAAUCAUGGAAGUUCGAGUAUUCCCAGACAAAGGCUACUCGUUUGUGCGGUUCAACUCUCAUGAAAGUGCAGCUCAUGCGAUAGUGUCGGUAAACGGUACGUCCUUAGAAGGUCACAUAGUGAAAUGUUACUGGGGUAAGGAGACUACAGACAUGGUGAGCCCCAUGCAGCAGGUGCAGGUACCCCAGAGUAAAGUUGGUUUUGCUGCGCAACCAUACGGCCAGUGGGGACAAUGGUACGGCAACGCACAGCAAAUUAGUCAGUAUGUCCCUAAUGGCUGGCAGGUACCCACUUACGGCGUGUACGGACAGGCCUGGAAUCAGCAGGGCUUCAAUCACUUACAGGCUGGUGCGGGCUGGGCUGGUGUGGGUGCCGUGAGCAACGGAGGUGUCGUAGAGCCUGCGCAGGGAGUCAACGGGACCGUCCUGGCCAACCAGUCCACCAUGGGCACUGCAGGAUACCACACACACUGAUGGGGCGAUUGACGACUCUAGCACUCCACUGCGGCCACUGCAGGGAUCUACACACUCAAACACACGUCAAGAUAUGCCUGGCCUGGGGGAGGCGCUGUGCCAUUUUUCUUUUUUGUUUUUCUCCCUCGUCCUCCACCUGUAAUUUGAGACUUUGAGGCAGAUCUUGCUCGUCAUUGUGGGGUCGGGUUGCCCUACACCCGGAUUAAACAUCACACCCUGAUACACAAACGUAUUCACACAAACACACACACACCCUUACAAAUCCCCAAGUCUCUGGCCUGGUGUCCGGCUGACUUAUUCGGAGAGGACUAUGCCAUUUUUAACUAUAAAUGAAUAAAAUCAACAAUAACUGCAACUUUUUUCAUUUUGCCUUUAUUUUUGGUUUGUUUCGAGCGAUUUCAGCUGCUGAUAUUGUAAUAUAUGAAGCUUUGCCUUUCUUGUUUUUUGGACUUGCCAUUUUAAAAGCAAAAUUUGUCUUUUUGAGAGGAGCGAUGACACCAACGAAUCGUGUGAAAUGUCAACCUUUUUUUUUUUUUAGUUUGUUUAUAAAAUGAAUAAAAUGGAUGUCAACUGUUGUAUUUUUUUAAUUAGACAUUCAAUUUCUCAAACUAAACCAAUUGCAGGGAUGACUGCCGCAUUUUUUCUUUGAGGGCAGAUAAAUAUUGCACAAUAUUAAUACGUUUUCACAAGAAUUUGAUGUUACGCAAAUUUUAGGUAUUUUAAAUUGUUUUGCAUUCCAGUUUUUUUGAGGGCUUCUAAGUACAGUAUACCGUUCUGUAUGUAAAUAACCAAACAACUGUGUUCAACUGUUGGGACGCUAUAUAAAGAAAACUCAAAUGUUGAUUAUGGAUGCUUGCUUGCUUGCUUUUUUUGAUUUGUAGGUAGGUCGGUGGGUGGGAGGGGGUUUGGGGAAGGUUUUUGGGCUUCAUUGCAACUCCUACGGCAUUAGCGGCUCUGUUAAAUGCUGGUCCAUAUGGUUUUAAGGAUUGUUACAGAGAACUCAAGGAGAAUAAUUUGCUGCUUUUCUGCAGCACUGAACAUUUUGUUAGAACUGCGAUAAUUCUGUGUAUAAAAUGAAAAUGCUGAUUUUUUUUUUUUUAAUGAAGUAUUUAGUAUCAAGACAAGAAACCUGGGUGGAUCAGAAUUUUGCACUGUUGCCCAUUUAAUAGACGAGACCAAUUGUGUUGCCUUAUUUGAGUUGAUUUCAUUUGAAAAUAACUGAUGACCAUUAAACAUAGGCAGUGCCUACGAAUAAAUUAAAACCUUUGUUUUGAGGGUUUUUUGAUAAUGUUCAUCUUAUUACGUGUUUUUGCUUUGUCCCAUUAAAAUGCAGAUGCGAACCAAC